GCCGCGUUUUCUGUUUUUGAAAUGCGUAACUUUGAGCCUGUACAUUUUUAAAAAAAAAUUUAAGACUGGAUGUGGGAAGGCGUGAAAUAAGAAUCUGUUUAUUGAAAAGUUCGACAUCAACAGUUAGCUUUUGCAUUUGAACGGAUCCAACAGCUCGGUAUUGGUAUACUGCUUUUUGAGCACGUACUCAACUUGAGUCUGCGGUCGCCCCCACCUGCUGCUUGUCUGGUAGAUUGACAGAUCGGGUAGAUAACCAGGUCUAUAAGACCAACGAAAUGUGGUUUGGGAGAGCGACUAAACGGAACAACAGGGGAGAAAUACUGGGACUGAACAUGGUUCACUUUCAUCAUUUUCAUUUGGUUCUCUCUCUCUGCUGUGUGUAACAACGCGCCUCAAUGUGUAAGGGCCUGUCCUCCCUGCCCUCCUCCUGCCUGGAGAGGGCGAAGGGGAUGCGGGUGAAGCUGACCCACCUGGCUGAGAGGCAAGACUGGACCCAUCACAAGCACAAAGCUCAGGAUAAUCAAAUUAUCCACGAUCUGGACUCUCUGCUCAGCAGCAAGACCGGUCUGCAGGCGUUUCGCUGGUUCCUGUGUUCAGAGUUCAGCAACGAGAAUCUGGAGUUCUGGUUGGCCUGUGAGGACUACAGGGUUUCCCCCUCACACCUGCUGAGGGCCAAGGCCAGCAGCAUCUACAGCAAGUUUGUCAGUCCUAACUCCUCACAUGAGGUCAACUUGGAUGCUGAGACUCGCGAAGCUCUGCUGGGUGUGAUAGACUCUCCAUCAGUGGAUACAUUCAAAGAUGCACAGCAGAGAAUCUACAGUCUAAUGGCCAGUGACUCCUUUCCUCGAUUCCUACGCUCCCCUCAUUUUAUGGAAGUGAUCAAGGCAUAAAUAAACUGGCUGUGGUUACCAUAGAUUAGUUUACUUACAUAGGCGUACAUUAGAAAAUAUUUUAAGUUUCAACUAAGUGCUUGAUACUUUAAUCAUAUUUAAUCUUUAAUGUUUUGAAAUGUUCACGCCUCAGAAUUGUGCAUGAUACACAGGACAUGGAGGUUUGAUGUGCUGAGGUAUAGUGGUCUAAAAAUUAUCAUUUAAGCUUAUAUGCUCAGAGCUAUGAAGCUGAGUUAUACUCGUCACAAAACAUACUUGCACAACUUACACAGUACCUCUUAACUGCAAAAGCAACUAGUACAGCAAGGGAAUCAAAGUCUAAUAAAAGAACUUUUCCUGCAUUUUACAAAUCGGUGUGAAUACUUUAUUUAAAAAGAGGCAUGCUAAAGUUGCAUUGGCUUGGCUGGAGAGAAAGGGUAUAUAAACCUUGAAACCAAAGUUAAAAAUGAUCUAAAGCUUAAUCGGCAUGUAUCAGUGGCUUGUGUUAUUUCAAGAUUGUCGUUGCCAGUCACAGUGGGGCAGGAAUGGCCUUGAGAAAUCUUACACCAACAGCAAAGGAUCAUGGGAGUAUGAACACGAUAAAAAGGAGGGGAAUCAUAUAAAUACAGGCAGGGGACAGCAUGUGCACAUAAAGAACAUGGCUGUGGCACCUCUCAGAUACACAUGAAAAACCCAAGAGUACCAAAACUUUGACUAAUUAAAU